AUGAAGUAUCCCUUCGCAAUUGAUUCCUCGGUUUUUUAUGAAUCAUGGGUUGGUGGAGUUUAUGAUGUAAAAUGUAAAGUUACAUUUGCUUCUCAAGAUGGAUCUAUUUUUACAUUAGAGGAUCCAUAUAGACGAGACUUUAUAAGUCUAUCUACAAGUGAUAGUUUUUCAAUUGAUGACAAUGUAUUCUAUCACGGGCAAAAACUAAAAAUGUGUCUAGAUUCCUUAGAAAAUGCAAAAUUUUUAACUAUCAGUAACCUUAUGAAAUGUUUAUGGCACAACUAUAAGAAGAAAUUCAGUUAUAAAUUUGGGUCCAAGUGGGUCAAAGUGUAUGUUCAAGAUGUUAUUGUUUCAUCAGUUGAAGUUGAAUGGUACUGCCAAACAUCAAGUAGAACAAAGCCACGCGAAGAAUAUUGGCCAGAAAGAUUAUUUACUGGUGAUAAUUUGAAAAAGACAUUAAACCAGACUAUUUGAUCUUAAAUUCCUAUGACUUAAAAUUUUUUAACUCUUGUAUUUUGC